UAUUCAUAUGAUACACAAGUGCGUCACAUGUUGAAGCUCAAUGUCGCCCACAUUUCUCUUUAACGCUCGUUACCACUAUGAACCACUGUGCAAGAAAUGUAUUUGUUGGCAAAUGGAAUUUCCUUCUCCGACCUCUAGAAAAAACACGGACUAAAUGCCAUCAAUGUUCGGGAUCGGCGCUUGUUUGCUUCAGCCGGAGUCAGACCACGGCCACGGAGCAAGCUCCAGAUCCUGGAAAAGGAGAAAAAACUCCACUUCGUGCUAUUGACUUGGCUAGAAAGCUCCGGCAGGAGAAGUCCAGUACCCGUACAGCGGAACCCCCUUUGUCCGACCAACAGAAGAGGGUAAUGGACUUGAAACGGUUCAGUCUGCAGCUUCAAAAUGUUCAUCCUAAUGUGCUGGCUAAGCACCUGAGCAAAAGCGUGUUGUACCAGGACCAGCAUUUGGUCAUAAUCAACAAACCGUAUGGUCUUCCUGUGAAAGAUUCCAAUGGGGAGACCUCCAUAUCUUCUGUGCUUCCUGUCCUCUCCAAAAUGAUGGACGGAAUAAAAGUCAGGUCCGACUCCCAGCUGCUGCCCUGCCUGGGCCUGGAGAAAGAGAUGACUGGCGCUCUCCUGCUGGCAAGGAGCGAAGAAGCAGUGGAACAUGUACUGGAGCUCAACAGUAGUAGUCAAGUGCAGAGAAAGUACUGGGUUGUCACAGCGGGCAUACCGGUGCCAUCUGAAGGCAUGAUUGACAUUCCCAUCAUUGAGAGAGCAGUCACCGGCUCUCAGCCUCACUACAAGAUGGCUUUAAGCCCCAUUUACAGAAUGAAUGACGCCGGCAGUGGACUAACGAAAGUCAGAGCCAAUCGCCAAUCCCUUCCUGCAGUCACAAAGUACAAAGUCCUGGAUAGUCAUGGUGGAUGUAGCCUUGUUGAACUGGAGCCUCUUACUGGAGUGAAGCACCAGAUUAGGGUUCAUAUGGCAUUCGCAAUGUCAUGCCUCAUUUUAGGAGACCAUAAAUAUUCACAUUGGAGCAAACUGGCACCACAGAAAUUACCGGAGCGCGUGCUGGGGAAGCUUGGUCUGGAACAGAGCAAGAGCCGGCAUCUUCCGCUUCACUUGCAUGCUCGUCAGCUGACGCUGCCUAGAAUCGGUCAUGGCACUGUCAGUGUGCGAUGCCCACUGCCAAAGUUUUUUACUCAAACACUCAGCCGACUGAAUUUAACUUUCCCUAAGGAAAACGAUGACAACCAACCACCUUGCAAUGUUGUAUGAGUGUGACCAUUAAUUUGAUACUGUACAGUGUAAUUUUAAUAAAGGCAUCUUAACUAGUUUGGUUGAUUUGAGGCGUCAUAUAUAAAUGGCACAGUAGUCAAGAUAACUCUCAAUGCAAGGCCUGUCCACUUGUAUUUAAUCAUCUGUACAGAAAGAUGUUGAACAUGUCUAUGAAUCUCAAUAACCUUCAACCUGAGAAAGUUUCAAGCCUUCCGAAAGACAAUUUAGUGCUUUAUCUCGAAACAUAUUAGAUCAAACACUUUGAAAACAGGCACAAGGUUAUCUUUGUACAUAUCAACACAAUACAAAAACGUGAGCAGUGGUCCCUGCGAGGAGGUUGGCAUGGUAACAAAACAUGAGGUUAAAGAAAAGUAAAUGGUUAAAUAACCUCAUGUUGACAAUACUUUAAAGUUUUUUCCUCAAGUCUUGAACGCAGUAAUGCACAAUUUCUCAGAGAGCUUCAAUGAUUCAUUCAUUGGGUUCUCCAUUUGAUUGUUGAGGCGGCAUGUUUAUUGAGCCGAGCAAAGGGAAGCUGAGUCAACAAUCAGUGAUGGAAUUGAACAAUCUUCCUCUUGCUCCAUGUCGUUCCGCUCUUUUAACUCUCGGACGCGGCACCGAUGAUCUCCUGGAUCUCUCUAACGACCAGGAUGCGUGCCAGCGUUUGCUCCACCUGCUUACUCGUGAGGGGCUGAGAGGAAUACCACAUGGGACUGUUGGGCGCCACAACGUGCUCAGGAGUCAUGUAGUACACGUCGUUACGACCUUUGACGCUUUGCGGGCUGGAACAGGGUAAAAAAAAAAAAAAAAAAAAAAAAAAAGGCAUAUAAAACCAGAAAUAUUCACAUAUUUGUUUGAGUGAGCGACUUACCAUUUGAAUAGAUAAAAAUCAUAAAGUUUGAUCGGACACCGAAGUGGGUUCUCUGGAUCCUCGAUCUGCUCAUCAUAUAGAUCAUCCGAUCCUGUCAAAAAGUCAUGCAAAUAAGUAAAAAAUGCGAACUUUAAAAAAAAAAAAAGUGAAUGUAAAGUACCUUUAUGAGAACUUUGCCCUUUCAGAAGGCGGAUACUAGUUGCUUUGUCCUUUGCAUUAGUGGGGUUUUUCCUGGUGUGUCUCAAGACCUUAGAGAAGGCCACUUUCAGGUGCUGCUCAGGUGUGAGCAGACGAAAACACCUGAAGCAAAAGCAUGUGAGAGUUCAGCCGUCCAUCUAAGGUGUUCAGCUUGUAAGAGGUCGUCACAACAAAAAUUGAAUGUUUUUUCCAUUUUCAUUUUUACUAUAGUGGGAACAGGUGGGUAGCAACCCACUGCCGUAGAGGUCCAAUCCUUUUUUUUCUUCUUCCCCAUGUCCUUUCAUCUCCAAUUUGACUGGGGUGUUGACAGUGAUUGGACGUCUAUUGCCAUCAAUAGCAGCCAAUGAGCUAAUACUUAAAAGUAAAAAUAACAUUUAAAAAACCUGUUCUUUUACACCCAAUUUCAAUCCUCUCAAAAUGAUGUGACCAGAAACAUCCAAAUAGUUUCAUAUGCCUUUGUUUACGAAUUGUGCUUGCGAACGCUUCAAUCAAAAGUGGCACACUUAUGAAGAAGGAAACCGUAAUUACCGUAAUUUUCAGAAUAUAGGGCCAACCUAACUAUAAGCCAACACCCACCAAAUUUGACAUGAAAACGGCAUUUGUUCAGAGAUAACUGCACUGGACUAUAAACCGCAGCUGUCCUCACUGUAUUAUGAGAUAUUUACACCAAAACAUAUUAUUCCGUAACACUUUAUUUAACAGCAGCAUCCUAAGACUGUCAUAAAUCCAUCAUAAUUAUGGCAUGACACUGUCAUGAGCAAUAAUUAAUGCUUAUGACAGAUGUCCAUUUAGGCUACGUUCAUAUUAGGCUAGGUC